AUGACCAAGGGUACCCAAUCGUUUGGUAAGCGCCAGACCAAGAGCCACACCCUCUGCCGCCGCUGUGGUAAGCGUUCCUUCCACAAGCAAAAGAAGACCUGUGCUAGCUGCGGUUUCCCUGCUGCCAAGAUGCGUAGAUUCAACUGGUCCGAGAAGGCCAAGCGUAGAAGAACCACUGGUACUGGCCGCAUGAGCUACUUGAAGAAGGUCCACCGCCGCUUCACCAAUGGUUUCCGUGAAGGUACCCAGGCCAAGAAGCAACAAAAGGCUGAGAACUAG